GUGAAGGAGAUUGACAUGAGUACAAUUAAUAAGGUGGUGAAACCUCACGGCAGUUCUGGUAGCCAGCCUGUAGUCAGUCCCAAGUACUGUCCUGGAGUAAACAACAGUCCAGGUUACCUGUGUGAAACAGGACACUGCUGCGGAGAGACGGGCUGCUGUACCUACUAUUAUGAACUCUGGUGGUUCUGGCUGUUGUGGACGGUGCUGAUCCUGUUCAGCUGUUUCUGUGCUUACCGCCACCGCCGGGCCAAGCUGAGAAUCCAACAGCAGCAGAGACAGAGAGAAAUCAAUCUGAUCGCCUAUAACGGAGCCUGCAACUACCCUUCCUCAAUGCUGGACCUCAGUUUUCUGGCUUCCUUCAAGUUGCCCUCCUACGAAGAGGUGGCUGCGCAGCCCAGCACUCCUCCGCCACCUUACAGCUCCGUCUUUGCUUUACAAGGAGCUACCACAGGGGGUCCCGGCUCCUCUUACCCCCAUCAUCACCACCACCGUCACCCCUGUCCUCCCUACCUGGGCCCCGGCCCAAGCGGCUUGACCUCCUCCCAGAGCUCCGACAACUACACCAGCUGCUCCUGUGAGUCAUGCUCCCUCACCUCCCCGUCCAGCACCUCCUUCUCUGUGCAGGUGACAGACGAGACGUACGACAGCAGCCACAUGUCCACGCCCAGUGAAGCAGGAGGCGACUUUGCCGUCAUGCCGAGAGUCGGGGCUGGCUUCACGCCGACGUCCCCCCCACCUCCUCCAUCGCAAGUUCCACCUGAUGUGAUACCUGCGGCCACUCCAGACGUCAUACCAAGAGAAGAACGGGAGGAAGAGGAGAGGCAGAAAGGCCACUUUAGUAAAGGAGGGAAAGAGGUUGUGAAGGAGGGGGAAAAAGCAGACAUGUUGCAUGACAGUGUGGACUGUUCCCACCGAACGAAGGCCGCCGUGCACUCGCCUGUCGUGGAGAACUGUGCGGAGCAGCGUGGCCACGUCUCAUCGUCGUCCGCCGUCAUCCACAAGAGCGGCGAGGCCAUCGUCACUGUGGAGUCCUCGUAA